GCUGUUUGUUGGCUUGGUGGACCUUAAGAGGUGAUGUCAGCUUGACCGGAUCGUCGCAGGAAAGAUCCAAAUUCCCCCACGAAAUUCUGCAUCGCGCUGUUCCUGCUAAGACGAGGAACUGCAACUCACCGCACGGUAGACAUCCUGCAAAGCUUUUCCGCCAUGGACCACCCGAUCAUCCUCGGCGUCGCGGCCAUGGACCGCAAGGCCCGCUCCAAACCGAUGCAGAAUAUCCUCAAUCGCAUGCUGGCGAACAAGGAUUUGGAUAUUCAGAUCAUCAUUUUCGGUGACAAGGCCCUCGUCGACGACCCACCGAGUGCGUGGCCCAUCGUGGACGUGCUCAUUUCCUUCUUCUCAACCGGCUUCCCGCUCGAGAAAGCCAUCGCGUACGUCGACCUGCGAAAGCCUGUUCUGGUCAAUGAUUUGCGUCUACAAAAGGUCCUUUGGGACCGACGACUCGUGCUGUCCAUCCUCGACUCGAUCAAGGUCCUCACGCCACGCAGGCAAGAAGUCAAUCGUGACGGUGGGCCCUUUGGGCCGCUCGAGCCACAAAUAGCUGACGACCUGCAGUCGCGUCUGGGGAUCAAGACAUCCAAGCUACUGAAUAUGCCCGCCGAGGAGUGUCGUCUCAAAGAUGGAGAUACAGACGUCCUCAUCAUUGGGUCAGGCAAGGACGCUCGGGAGAUCCGCAAACCGUUCGUCGAGAAGCCUGUCAGCGGAGAGGACCACAACAUACACAUAUACUUUCCACGCUCCAAAGGUGGCGGCGGUAGGCGGCUCUUCCGCAAGGUUGGAAACAAGAGUAGCGAGUUCGAUCCCGACCUUACCAACCCCCGGAUGGAAGGCAGCUACAUUUACGAGGAGUUCAUGGAUGUAGAUAACGCAGAGGACAUCAAGAUCUACACCAUCGGCCCGCACUUUGUCCAUGCCGAAACGCGCAAAUCGCCCGUCGUUGAUGGGCUGGUCAAGCGCAAUCCGGAAGGCAAGGAGAUUCGCUACAUCAUCAAGCUGACGGAAGAAGAAGUGCGAAUGGCUACGGCGAUCAGCAAAGCAUUCAAGCAAAACAUUUGCGGGUUCGACCUUUUGCGCGUGGGGAAAAAGAGCUACGUCAUUGACGUCAACGGAUGGUCAUUCGUCAAGGGCAAUGACUUCUACUAUGAUAAGUGUGCGGAGAUUUUGGGGAAAUUCAUCAAGAACAACGCAGCUACCGGCCCGCAUAUGCGCGCUGCGGCUGCAGCGAUGGCAGCAGGCCUGACCAUUGAUGUUUCUGGCGCAAGUCGUGCACUAGGCAGCGACAUUGCGCCAGCAGCGAGCGCCGUACAGAUUGGUGGGGCGAAUAGGGGCCGACCAGGCGGAGCUGGAGGUGAAGCAUCCUCGUCGUCUGCGUCUGCAUUGGCAGAAGGGGCAGGCGCAACGGUAGAGCCGGGCUUGUCGGAACAGAGCAGCUGGCAACUCAAAGCUAACGUGACUGUCUUUCGGCACGGCGAUCGCACGCCGAAGCAAAAGCUCAAGCGCUCUUUCAAGCCGAAAGAUGGCGCUUGGACCGCUCCGCUGCUGGAGCUGCUGCAAGGGCGGCGCGAGGAGAUCAUCCUUCGUUCCAAUUUGCACCUCGUGGCUGAUGCAGCGGCCAAGGCAUUGAAGGUGACAGGAGCCAACAAAGAGGAUCUCAAGUUAGUCAUCGACGUCAUUGAGAGGAAGAAGGACGCACCGGGGACAAAGAUCCAGAUGAAACCCAGCUUCGACAAAGCUUCUGGAGAGCUGGAAAAGAUGCAGUUGAUCAUCAAGUGGGGAGGAGAGUUCUCGCAUGCAGCGCGCCACCAGGCGAAAGAGUACGGCCUAAACAUGCGUCGCGACAUGCUGAUUAUGAAUGAUUCGGUGCUGAAGAACUGCACGAUUUAUACCUCUUCCGAACGACGCGUUACUGCGUCUGCCGAGAUUUUUGCUGCGGCGCUGCUGGACGACCCGGAGGCACCGGAACAGCGCACCGAACCGCUGCACAUGGUUGUGCGCAAAGACCUGCUCGACGACAGCAAUGCUGCAAAGGACCUGACUGACUUAGUCAAGAAGAAGCUCAAGGCUAGCUUGCGUCCUGGCGCUUCUGGCGCCAAGGCAGACGUGCCAGAGGAUUGGCCGAAGGACCUGCCUGUGCCGCCCGAGCUGGGGCUUUCGAUCGCUGAGCUACUCAGCAGUCUCAGAAAAACGAUGCAGGACAACUAUGCUCGUUUGGACGUCGAUCGCAUUCAGAUGCGGUGGUGCACGCAUGAGACGCCGGCGCUGUUCCGGGAACGGUGGGAGAAACUUUUUGCGGACUUUGAGGAGGACCCGCACGAUCCAUCGAGAACGUCCGAGCUGUACGACAUGCUCUCACAUGACGGUCUGCACAACCGGACAUUCUUGGAGAAGAUUUUCACCUCUCCAGACGAACCGGAAGGAGACAGGCUGGAUCGCUUGCAUGAUCUUUAUCGCAAAGCUCUUGCGUUGUACCUCUAUGUCUGCCCGCGGGAAUACGGCAUGACGCCAGAAGAGAAGGAACAAAUCGGUCUCCUCACGUCCACGCCUCUGCUCAACAACAUCCUCUCAGACCUACGCGCCUCAGAGGAGGCAAGAGGCAUGUGCUCGCUCUACUUUACCAAGGAGUCGCACAUCCACACGCUGCUCAACCUUGUGUUCGCUUCCGACCUGCCGAUCGUCAUGCCGCACAUGCCACCGCUGGACUACUUUAGCAGCAUCACAUUCGAGGUGUACGAGCGAACGAGCUCCUAUGCGGGUGGUGAUAGGCAGUACGGCAUCAGUGCCAGCGUACCCUCCAGCGUGGGGCACAGUCCGACGUCCAGCUCGUUCGGCGCCACUGGUAAUAUUGGCAAUGGCAGCGUGGGCCAACAAGGCGCGCCGGCGGGGAUCCAGUCGACGCCGGCAUCGAUCCAUCGUGGCCACCAGCAUGGGCACCAUCAUCAUCAAGUUCACCAGCAGAAGCAGCAUCAUCAAGGGCCAUCUUCCUCCGCCAACUCUCAACGCGGCGGGUCACCGUCCGCAGGUGUCAAGCCGGAGCGUACGCUGCUGAUCACCAUCUCGGAGGGCGCGCAUUCCUCGAAUAUCCUCUCUAUCAACCUCGACGCGCGACACACGCUGGCGCCUUUGCCGCGUCGGCCUCUGACCCCGCAUAUCGAUUUUGACGAGGCAAUGCGGAAGCUCGGCACGCAUACACUGCGCCUGGGAGACAUGGGCGACACAGAUCGCGGACAAAUCGAAGGCGACGCGGUGUACUUUGGUCGAGAGGAGACGGACCAUCACUUGCUUCCUGUUACGACGAAGCAGAGGCGAGGCUCACUGGAUACGGAUCAGAGUUCGAUGCGGGUGACGCUACAGGCUGCUCUGAAUUGAGUAUGUAUCUAUUCCUGCUUUCGGACGUUGACUACGAUAGGCGCACGAUCUCAAG